AUGAGUUGUUGCUUAACCAGCCUCGCGUUCGAUAGCGAUAGCGAUGACGAUAUGACUGGUGCGCCCACACUGCGUGGACUCAAGAGACCCUAUUCACACACAACUCCAGCGGCCACCAACACCAUUGGAAACCAUGCGGAAAACCCCAAGAACGCCUUAGAGAAUGCCCCCAAGCCAACAAAGGCAUCUGAACGACCUGUCAUCCUUUCUACUUCCGCCAUUGUACCUUGCAGAAACGCCACGAGCGAAGAGGAAUCCUCGAAGAUACAACGAGAAAGCCGCCCAAGCAUUCAGACCAAGUCACAUGACAAGCCGGACACAAUGGUACCAGGCAGCCCGAAGCGCAGACGUUGUGAAGCUACUGUGACAGCUGAAGCUCCAAACAAAGUAGAACAGCCCCUCAAUGUCGCUGAGCCUUCAACAGCUCAGUCAUCUCCACUUCCAACGCCCUUGGCGGUUUCCCCUAACCCCGAUGGACAGUCCUCUGCAAUGCAUGAGAGUCCCUUACCUUCCACCCCCGGAAUGGCCAUCGACGCCAAAAAGCAGAAGAAUACGACUCUGUGGAUCUCAAUCCCCUCGUCAUCUGACGCUGUCCCACUCAAGCUCCGCUCCUGCAUGACAAUCUCAUCACUAUUCGACUCCGCCCUUACAAUCUGUGGUCUAGCUGACCAGCAAGCCAAGGUAUCCGGUCUGAGAACCACCAUUGGCUGGAAGCAAAAUGUUGACCUCAACAAGUUCCUGAUGUUGAAGCGUGAAUUUCCGGAUAGCUUUGAGAUUUUCCUGGAGAUAAUUGACAAGUUGCCGUGCUGGCGUAAAGAAGAUGGACACUGCGUGGUGACCGUUGAGGUAGUGCUGGCUUGA